AUGUCAAAUCCAUGUGUUGUGUGUGGUGCAUCAUCAACCAAAACAUGCAGUAUCUGCCAUGUGGACUAUUACUGUACUAAGGAACAUCAAAAGCAGCACUGGCCCACUCAUAAGUCUUCCUGUCUGCCUUACAAGGUAUCCAUAGAUCCAGAAGUGGGUCAGCAUCUUGUGGCCAUCAGGGAUGUCUCCCAGGGGCAGACUGUUUUCAAUGACCAGCCACUUGUCCUCGGACCUCAACUGUUUCUAUCUUGGGAUAAAAUGUGUGUCUCUUGUUUCUCCAAAAUUCAAGAGGAACAUCUAUGUUCAAAAUGUGGGUUCCCUGUUUGUGGACAAGCAUGUGAGGAAUCUGAGCGACAUCGACCUGAGUGCCUCCUCUUUCAGAUCAAUUAUAUCCACCCAAUGGCAGACGAUGUUUCCCUGGAUUCUUUCUAUGGCCUGGUAACAAUACUGAGAUGCUUAUAUCUCUCCUUUGACUCCUUAGAUAAGUGGAUGGAUAUCACCACCAACAUGCAAUCUGAACCAUCCAAUGAGGAUCAAGCAGCAAAGGAACUCCAUGACAUGAGAGAGAAAGUGGCAGAUUUCCUUGAAAUACAUUUUUCGGUAUCUCGAUUCCCUGUUGUUAACAUUUAUCGAGCCUGUGGGAUCUUACAUUUGAAUUCUUUUGAACUUCAGACUCCGGAUGGUUUUCUCAUUCAAGGUCUGUAUACUUUAGCCAGCAAACUGGAGCAUUCUUGCAUUCCUAACAUCCAUCGAUCAUAUCAGGAAGACUAUAACAUGAUUGCCCGAGCAGCCAUCCCAAUCAAAAAGGGGCAACAUUUCACUGUUACAUAUGCAGACACCAUGUGGCCAACUCCAAAGAGAAGGGAAUACCUAUAUUCAACUAAGUAUUUUUGGUGCAAGUGUCCUCGAUGUAAAGACCCAACUGAACUUGGGACUUACCUGAGUGGAAUCAAAUGCCUCACUUGCAAAAGUGGUUGGGUAAUUAGUAAAGACCCACUGGAUGAAGAUGCAGAUUGGCAUUGUGAACAGUGUAACAGUAAUGUGAGGAAAGAGACUAUAGUGGAAAUGACUUCUUUGCUUGAAGAUGUGGUGGAGGACUUAGAGAAAAAAGAGAAUGCAACAAUUGAGGACUACAAGGAAAUUCUGAAACGUCAUGCCCCUUUCCUUCAUCCAACACAUGCACAAGUCCUUGAUGUGAAACACAGUCUGUCUCAGAUGUAUGGCAAUGAGGAAGGUUAUCAGAUGGAACAGCUUGAUGAAGAUCAGGUCAAACACAUGGUUGAUUUAUGUUCAGAUGUUCUACGUGUUGCCAACAAACUCCUUCCAGGUUCUAACUGCCACAACUCAAUUCAGUCUUAG